AUGAUGACUAGCCGUGAAUCGGGGAGGAUCAAGGAGGCGGAUAAGAAGCGCGUUCUCGAUGAAGCUUCCAGGAAGAGGCGUGCAAGGAAGGCACUGGAGGCCCUUGAGCAGGACAAUUUUCACGAUGACCCGCAUGCAGAUCUUGUGAUGUCAAAGAAGAUCCCAAAAUUCCAGGAUAAUCUCGAUGUGUCGAAGAACAAGAAGAAAAAACAUAAAGGAGCGGAUUAUUUCAAGGCAAAGUAUAGGAAAAGCUUUGCGCAGCUCCUUGAGGAGGAUAAGGCCCUGAGGCCUGAUCCCCCAAACUACGGAAGUGCACAAGCGCCGCCUUCAAAAUUCCCGGAUCGACAUUUCUGUGCAGUCUGUGGAUUUCCUUCCAACUACACCUGCACAUCCUGUGGGACGAGGUAUUGCUGCGUACGAUGCUUAGGGACACAUCAGGAUACUAGAUGCCUCAAAUGGACAGCUUAAUCGCUAAUUAAGUUAUAAAUUUUUCUAAAAUAAAAAUU